CUUAAAUUGUUUCGUGAAAUAAUUACGUUGUGAUUUAACGUUAUUCGAAUAGUUUUGAAUUUAAUGCUUUAUUAUAAUAUAAUUUAUUGCUAUAAUGCUAAGAAGUCGAAACAGUGAGCACAAUGUCUGAAGAACAGUAAGCACUAACAAGCCCGCCAUUCGAAGUUUGCUAACGGUUCCCGGGCGGGAAACCGCAUAAUUCUGUAGUUGCACUAGAGUUGAGAGCGCACUACGGCUUUGCAAGUGUUUGUGAGUGCUGUGAAUGAUCCGACGAGCUACGAUCUGAACUGUAAUAGAUGAGUAACAUCGAAACGAAAGGUCAAAUAACAGGAGAUGGAUACUCACUCUUUGGAACGAACACGUCACACCCCUGCAGCCAGGAAUCAUAUCGUGUAUACUGACCAUAAAGGACGAAAGAUUCCUUAUGCCGACAAGAUCAGUCCGGAGCCGAUUCUCAACAACAAUGCGAGCCGGGACACAAAAGCGGAUUCGAUCAGGAACAGUUAUAAUAGCCAAUUCAAAGUUGGCAUUUACGGCUGGCGCAAGAAAUGUCUUUACAUUCUUGUGAUGGCACUCAUGCUUAUGAUGAUCGUGAACCUUGCACUUACGCUGUGGGUUUUAAAAGUUUUAGACUUUAACUCGGAAGGAAUGGGACAACUUCAAAUUGUUCCCGGAGGAUUACAACUCCUUGGGCAGGCUCUGGUCCUCGACUCUUUGUUUGCAUCCAGCAUCAAAUCACGGCGAGGCUUCCCGAUCUCGAUAGAAUCUUCUAGAAACUUCACUGUAUCUAUAAGAGACGCUCAUGGUAUUGUGCAGAGCAGAUUAUAUUUAGGUCACGACCGUCUAGAAGUGGAUGUCGGUCGGUUAGAAGUACGUGACUCGCGAGGGUCCUUGUUGCUGGGAGCCGGAGAAGACAGUGUGACCGUGGGGGCAGAUAACUUGGUGAUAGCCAGCCCUGCCGGCGCGGUGUUCAACACCGCGAUACAAACUCCGCUUGUUAAAGCCCCACCGUCUAAACACUUGAUGUUAGAAUCUCCGACGAGAUCAUUAGAGAUGCACGCCUCGCAGAGCAUCGGCUUAGAGUCUCGAGCCGGCGACAUCACUGCAAGCUGUCUAACUACAUUCCGACUGCGAUCUGUCGCGGGAGCGAUUCGCUUGGACGCCCCAAGUAUAUACUUGCCAAAACUGAAGUCUGCUCUGCCCCUACCAUCGUCCGUGCCCCAUAGCCACGAUCCCCACCAUCAAAACAUCUACCAGCUCUGCGCAUGCGCAAACGGUAAACUAUUUCUUGCGCCACCACAUACAGUUUGCGCGGCGCGAGAAGAAAGUCUCAUUUGCCGAUGAUGUCGAAUUCCAUAUUGUCAAUUAUUGUAAAAUUAGAUAUUAGCUAGGGGUGGGUUGUAUUACAUUUUUCAUUCCCCUUUCCAAUUGCUUAAAAAGUUUUUAAAUUGGCGAGAUUUUCACAGAUUUUUCGCUUGUCAUUAUUUUAACUGAAUGUUUUGCCUUACACAAAGAACAAAGACUGUGACAGUUGUGAACUCGGCAAAAAAUAGCGGCUAACAGCUAUCCUGUAUUUUUAGCAACACACGCACAUUUAAACAAAGUGACUGACGUAUAACGAGUGUAAGAAGAAGCUGUCAUGUACACUAAAGUAAUAAACCUGGCAUGUUAUCAUGCGUUGCCUAACAGCAACAGGAUCUAUCUAGACGUAUAAAUUAUCUAAGGUUGCUUGUAUCUAAAGUGCAUUGUAUUCAAAUAUCUAAAGUGUAAAUAAAAUGUGAUAAUAUUUAUAAAUGGAACACUUAUUGCAUGUGUAACUACCAACUGCGAUUCACAUACUUUGCAGAAACUGGCUUUUAUUAUGAGAACACAUUUUAUUAACUUUGAAGAACUUCUACAGCUCAAAGUUUUCCUUCCAAUGCAAUAAAUUGAAAUUGAGUUUUGCUGAAGUAAAAUAAAUUACAUGAAAUCGAUUAAUUUUUAUGAAUAACUCGCGCUUGACCAAAAAAUAACUACACCAAAAUUGUGAACACAAAGAAGACGAAUAUAGUUCGUAAGACAGUUUUUCUGUAUCUAUUGUGGAUUAGAAUUUACCAAUACUGUCCCACUUAAAAUAAAACGUAGUAUAUAUUAUGUAAUAUACCUACGCCAAAAUAAACUGGCAUAUUUUGUAUCAGGUACAGUUUUAAGAUGAAAAGAGAAAAUUCAGCAAAUGAUCUGUAAUUGUAUGAGUAGUUCUAGCACUUAAGUGCGCUCUUAUUUAUGUAUAGAUUAAACAUAACUGUCUCAAAAAAAACAGUAUCAAAGUGUCAGUUAUUUUAAGGUAUUUCAUAAGAGUUUUUACCAGUUAAGGUUAUGGGAGGCUCUUGCACAGGAUGCCGGCUAGUUUAUGGAUACCACAACGGCGCCUAUUUCUGUGAAUCAGUAAUGUGUAAACAUUACUGUGUUGGUCUGAAAGGCGGUGUAGCUAGUGAAAUUACCGCGAAAAUGAUACUUAACAUCUUAUGUCUCAAAGUUACCAGCACAAUUGUAGUGCCACUCAGAAUUUUUGGGUUUUUCAAGAAUCCUGAGCAGCACUGCGUUGUAAAAAUUACCGUCAGUUGAAAGCCUUAUUCGUCGCGUCCCUUAUUUUCAAAAAAAAUAUGUGAAAUAACCCGCCCCUAAUACAAUAAAAAUUGCUGAUUCGGAUCAAAAAUAAUGCUAAGGUAUAUUAUGUAUUAAAAAUGUUAAAUAUUUAUUGUCAAAGGCUUUUUUGUAUAGAUAAACAAUGAUUGUUGCUAGAAAACUUAUGUACAAAGUUAGCUGUUAAAAUCUUAUAGAUUAUUUUGUAAUUAAUUUGCACUUUAAGUUGCGUAAGAUAGGUAUUAGGAGGAAAAUGGGUAUAAAGUGUAAUUUAAAUAUAAUAUAUUAAAUGUCAGCUAAUGUACAUUAUAAAUUGCUUUUAAUUAUAACAAAAAGUUCGUACUUAUAUCUUCUAUAAUGAUUUUUUGUUUAAAAAGUGUCUAUCCUUCCAUAAAAUAUACAAUAUUGCUAUUAUUUUUAACUUAACUAACAAAUCAUAUUAAAAGUUUAAUAGAAGUAACAAAAUAUCAUAAGCUUAAACUAAUUUGAUGCUAUCGUUGGCAUUCAGUUGUUCUCCCCUCGCAACAGCUUGUCUUUCGACAAAGGUCCCCUCUAAGGCUUUCCACUUGUCUCUAUCUUUUGCUAUACGUAACAAUUCUUGCCCGUUGGCCCGUUGCUUUCUUAAAAUCAUCUUCCAAUCUCUUUGUCUGUCUUCCUCUGCUUUCUCUAGGGUACCAUUCGGUUAUAAUUUUGGACCAUUUCUCUUUCUUUUCUCUUAACAUAUUAUGUCCUGCCUAGCGCCAUUUCAAUUUUCUGUAUACUAUUUAAACAUUUUUGAAUUGAGUUAUCUCUUUUAUCUUUUUAUAUGUACUCUAACUCUUCUCCUUCCUCUCAAUCUGCUUCUCUGUAUCCAAUUCUGAUAUAUUGGUUUUAUUUUAUUGCUGUUCUGUUAAGGCCCAAGUUUGACAUGCGUAUGUUAGACUUGUUACUGACUACAGUCUUCAUAAGCUUUUCUCAAAAAAGAUUUAAAUGAGAUUUUCUCUAGCGUAUUAUGGUAAGCUCCCCAUUAAAUUUAGUGUGAUGUUUCAUUGCAAUCAGGUCAUAAAUUAAAAGGCAAAGUUACAGUACCGUACACAAAAUUAAACUUCCUUAAUAUUGUAAGCAACGAAAUCAACGUGAACAAAGUGGCGGGCUCCAUUAUGUUUAAUGUCAAUACAAUUUCAUAAUAACAUGUUGCCUUUGCAAGUCUUAACUGUACCUUGCUGCGAGUAACUGGUUUUUCAAGAACUAGCAUAGUAAGGAAAAAAUAUUUAAAGCAUUGCUUUGCAGUAAUAAAUAUUAGUCAAAAACUUAUCAGAUUUUUACAAAACGGUACACACAUUACAAUAUCAAUGACUAGUGCCUUUCGAAGUCGCAAUUAAUUACUAUAAGAAAUUUGCUGUGUUUUUCGCUUAAAGUAUUUAACCAAAAGGAGACGAGAAGCGAAAAGAAUAACGGCUGUUACUUUACAAUAUACAACAGCUGUUAUUUUACUUAGCAGUAUGAAAUAAUGCACAGAUAUAUUAUAUUCUUAUAAAAUAUAUCCGUACGUUUUGAUGGUUGAUGUCGGUGUCUCCAACUUGGUUACAUACUCUAAGUUGGUUACAUUUCUGUACUAUGUAAAUUAUAUUGUAAUAUAUGAGUAAUAUAUAAUACAGCAUGACUGGUUAGAAACUAACGAUACUCAUGGGCUUGUUAGUUAUAUGAA